CUUUGCAUUGGAACCAGCGUCAUGGAGUCAGACGAAGCAACCAUAGGCCAGUUGGGGCGCCAACGGCCAGCAUGUUUUACCUCACUUCGAACUGAAGUGAUGUUCUGCUUCUCUAUUAUGAUGUCUCAAAUCCUGGCAGAAUAUUUCGUGUCCGGCUUCAACGUUCUCAUACCGACAGUGACAGAAUCGCUGCACAUCCCCAGCGCAUCCUCAAUAUGGCCCGCAACUGCCCUUUCACUCGCUGUGACAUCGACUCUUCUCAUUUUUGGCCGUCUUUCCGACAUGUUUGGUGGAUAUAUUCUAUACACCGGAGGCGUGGCCUGGCUCAUGAUCACAUCGAUUAUCUCAGGGCUAUCCCAAACAUGGCUGAUGCUUGUCGUCUUCCGAGCCCUACAGGGCCUUGCUCUUGCAGCUUUACUUCCAUCCGGAAUCAUGAUUCUCGGUCGCACAUACCGACCAGGGCCACGGAAGAACCUCGUUUUCAGCAUCUACGGAGCCUGCGCGGCAUUAGGAUUCUUCGCGGGAAUCUUCUUCGCAGGUGUCAGCAGCCAGUAUCUCAGCUGGAGAUGGUACUUCUUUUUCGGUGCGAUCUUUUCUGCAAUCACCCUCGCCACUUCUAUCUUCUCGAUCCAUCGUGAUUAUACAGAGACCAGGAAGCUCGGGAUCCAGAUGGACUGGAAGGGGGCGGCGUUGGUGAUACCUGGUUUGGUGCUGGUGAUAUUUGCAAUUGCAGAUAGCUCUGUUGCGCCGCAGGGAUGGCGGACUCCGUAUAUCUAUGUCUGCUUCAUUCUCGGGAUGAUCAUCUUGGGGGUGAUGGUUUAUGUGGAGGGUUGGGUGGCGAAAAACCCACUCCUGCCGGGUGACUUGUUCCACGUCAAAUAUAUCAAGCCAUUAGUAAUGGCUCUUUUGCUGCUGUAUGGCACUUUGGGGAUAUUCCUGUUUUAUGCGGUUCUUUACAUGGAAAACAUCAUGGGCGCUUCGCCACUUCAAGUCGUCGCCUGGACGGUCCCCAUGGCAGCUGGUGGCCUCAUCGUCUCUGUCGUAGGCGGAGUCAUCCUCCACCAACUCCCCGGAACCGUUCUCAUGAUAAUAUCUAGCCUUGGAUACUGUGGCGCCGCGUUAUUCUUCGCCCUCGUUCCAACAGGCGGGAACUACUGGGCAUUCGUCUUUCCCGCCAUGAUCUGCGGGACGAUUGGGAUAGACAUCAGCUUCAACACAACCAACGUGUUCAUCACGACGAACAUGCCCAGCAAGAGACAGGGGCUAGCAGGGGCAUUAAUCAACUGCACCCUUCAUCUGGGGAUUGCGCUCAUGCUGGGACUGGCAGAUAUAGUACAGUCGCAUAUGACAAAGCAUGGGCUGCAGCAGAGUUACAAGGCUGUCUUUUGGUUCCAGUUUGGAGUGGCAGCGUUGGGGUUGGCUAUAAUCCUGUUGUUUGUGCGGAUGGAGAGGGCAAAGAGUGAUUUAACAGCUGAUGAGAGGGCUGAUAAUUAGUCUGUAUUUUAAUAUCCCUUAGAAUUGAUGACCAAUUUAUGCCUCAGGCC